AUGAUUUCUGUCUCCUUCUUUGUUUUUCUCUUUACUUCUAUCAUUCUUUUGAUCUUUCCUUCUUCUAUCUUUCUUUUUCUCUCUACUUCUUAUUUCUUAUUCUCUUUCCUUCUAUGUUUCUUUUUCUCUUUCCUUCUUCUAGCUUAUCUUUCUUUUUCUCUUUCCUUCUUCUAUCUUAUCUUUCUUUUUCUCUUUCCUUCUUCUAUCUUUCUUAUUCUCUAUACUUCUAUAUUUCUUUUUUCUCUUUCAUUUAUCUAUCUUUCUAUUUUUCUUUCCUUCUUCUAUCUUUCUUUUUCUCUUUCCUUCUAUCUUUCUUUUUCUCUCUACUUCUAUCUUUCUUUUUUUUCCUUCUCCUAUAUUCCAUUUUCUCUUUCCUUCUUCUAUCUUUCUUUUUCUCUCUACUUCUUAUUUCUUUUUCUCUUUCCUUCUUCUAUAUUUCUUUUUCUCUUUCCUUCUUCUAUCUUAUCUUUCUUUUUCUCUUUCCUUCUAUCUUUCUUUUUCUCUCUACUUCUAUCAUUCUUUUUUUUUUCUUCUCCUAUAUUCCAUUUUCUCUUUCCUUCUUCUAUCUUUCUUUUUCCCUUUACUACUUCUUUCUUUUUCUCUAAUCUCUUCUAUAUUUCUUUUUCUCUUUCCCUGUAUAUUUUUUCUUCUCUACUUCUAUCUUUCUUUUUCUCUUUCCUUCUUCAUUUUCUUUUUCUUUUCUCUCUUUAA